AUGGGUGGAAAUCUGUACUUGUGCACUGAUGAACUUCCAGACGAAUUCUCCAUCCAGGGCCAAUCCGUAGCCGUUGAAGAAAAUGUAUUUGUGCACAACACCUUAUAUCCUGUGACAGAGGAGGAUAUUGCAAUACUGCUGGCUGUCAUCUACGGAGGAUUUUCCGUCGACAUCCAAUGUCCAGAGGAAGGAUGUGGGAACCUGACCAUCUACCUCGGGCCUAACAGGGACUCCAAGAUCGUUAUCCUCACUCGCAGUGAAGGCAAUCCAGAACAUUUGAAUGAACACCCGUCUCGACCACUCCCCACGAACACUCCUACUACCUCGCGAUAUUUGAGGUCUUAUACAACUACCUCGAAGCCUUUAUUUCGUAACUCAACUUUCAGGUCGACCAUCUCUCAAAGUGACCAAAGGCUUCUGGAUUUGAGCUAUAAAGAUAUCACAGGUGAAGACCUAGCAGGUCUGCUUUCGCGAUUGACUGAGACUGCCCAAGCCAAUAUCCGGUAUUUGUACCUGAGCCAUAACCGGAUUAGCGAUCUUCCGGUCUUCACGUUCAUCAGGGCGAGACUCCAGCUGACGGUGCUACGUAUAGAUAAUAAUCACCUUGGGCAAUCUUACACCACCUUCUCCGAAAUAUUUAACCUGCAUACCCUCAGGGAACUGAAUAUGUCACGGUGUGGCCUCACGUCCUUGGAAUGCCUGUACAAUCCUUCGCUGGAGGUGCUGGACCUGAGCUACAAUCGCCUCCAGAGUAUCCCAACCUACCUGGACAGACUGCCCAACCUCAACCGCCUGAUCCUGGACGGCAACCAGAUCCAGUUCCUUCACUACUUCCCGCAUAGUUCCAACCUGCAACAUCUCUACCUUUCUAACAACAAUCUGUCGUAUAUCAGCAACAACACCUUCCAGUCUUUCAGGGGUUGGUUUCAGGUUAGUUGCUUUUACACCGAUGAAUGUUAAAUAGUUUACGAGUAAUAUAUCCUAAAUACUAUAAUUAGUUAAUAUACUUUCUCAAUUUUAAACAGGUUUUAUUAACUAUUAACAGUUA